AAGCUGACGAGAUCAAUCCUUUUGUACAAAAUGUUUAAACUGUGCGUCUUUUUCGUGUUGUCUGUUGCGGAAACUACUUCCCGUACCUAGGUAAGGAUGAUGCAUUACAUCGAAGCAUUUAUUUAUAUGAAGCAACGUAAAGAUUGGUGAAGUUAGGCAUCAUUGCAGCAGUCACUGCAAUAAUUCCUAGACUCCAUAUAGCAGAUUUGAGAAAACUUAUUGACGUAUCAUGUUAUGGAGCGCCAGACCGCAGCAUUGCUUGUGGCCAAAUUCCCGCAAAUAUGAACAGGUGUUUAGUUCUGCCACCUGGCGUAAGUCACAACAUUUGGCAGAAAUGUGCAACCACACAGGGUGAGUGCGAAAGACUGACCUGCACAUUCCGUGAAUACAAUCUACUGGACGGUGAAGUUAUCAACAGGGAGAGAGCCACAGCUUUCUUCGGAAACUAUGCGAAGGAGAACCCGGUGUUCACGGCGGCUAUAGAACAUGUGAAGACUGAAUGUCUUGGCAGUACCCCCCUGGAGCCACGAGGAAUCAACCUCAACUGUCCUGUGUAUGAUGUCCUGCAUUGCAUUUACGCGAAUCUGAUUAAGCACGCGGAUCCUUCCCAGUGGACUACGUCGGCGGAGUGCAAGCGCGCGCGCGCGUUCGCUGCAUCGUGCCCCAUCUGUCCUGACGAGUGCUUCGCGGAUAACGUGCCCGCCGGCGCCUGCAAUGCUUGCUAGUUAUUGACACACCUAGACUGUAUGAUUUAAUAUUGUAUUUAAAUAAAUAUUUUUCUUAAUA